AUAGAUAUACAUGUUUAUGUAAAUAAUAAGAGUCUUAUUUUACACUUCCUAUAGUUCUUUUUAGCUUAAUAUUGUCAAUUAUAUCAAAUCAAAUCAAAUAUAAUAUGGAAUGUAAAAAAGCUGUUGUUAAAAAUGCUGAUAUGUCAGAUGAUAUGCAACAAUGUGCCGUUGAUAUAGCUGCUCAAGCAAUGAUUGAAUAUAAUAUUGAAAAAGAUAUUGCAGCUUAUAUUAAAAAACAUUUUGAUAAAAAUUAUGGUCCAACAUGGCAUUGUGUUGUUGGUAAAAAUUUUGGAAGUUACGUAACACAUGAAACCAAUAAUUUUAUUUAUUUCUAUCUACAAAAUGUUGCGGUACAAUUAUUUAAAUCAGGAUAAAUAAUCAAUUACACAAUCUAUAUAAUUCAAUGCACAUAUUCACUUGUUUUCAAUGAGUAGAACUACAACAACAACAGCAACAACAACAACAAUAAUAAAAUAAAGAAAAAAGAAAAAGAAGAAAAUGAAAAAAAGACAGUUUUAAUUCAUUCUGUAUACAUUAAUAUUGUUAAAUAAAUCAUUCAUAAAUUUGUUGAUAUUUCAUAAUCAAAUUGAUAAUAGUUGAAUUCAUGAAUUGAUUAAAACUAGACCAUUAUAGGAAAGCUGAAAGCAUUAGAACGAUCGUUUCGUCCCCAGUAUAAGACUCUUCAGCAUUGAACAUCCAUGAUCCAGUUUGUUGUGUAAAUAAAAUAGUUUUUUAUAUUUAAAGUAAUUAGUCCAUUUUAUAAAUUUCGAUAGACCAAUGAGAAGACGGAGUUUAUCUGAAAAAUGUGUAUAGGAAACCAACCUUGACGGGACAAUACUUAAAUUUCCAUAGUUUUUGUCUAUUGCAAUAGAAGCAAGGCCUGGUUAAGUGUCUCUUUAAGAGGACUCAAAGAAUUUGUACUUCUGACACGGUGGAAAAACAUGAAAAGUUACUGACUGAUAUAUUAAUAGCAAAUGGUUAUCCACUAAAAUUUAUUAAUAGGUGCAAAAGUCAG